AUGGAAAAGGAGAUCGCAGAUCUCCGCCGCCGCCUGGGACCAAAUUCGGAUCAUGAGCAAGGCGUAGAGCCUCAUGGAUCCCAUGCAGGCGAUGACAUAUCUCAUUGUUCAGAGGAUGUCUUUGCUAGGCGUGACUCGGCCGCGAUUGAUCAAUCCCGACCUGUUUCGGUGCCGGUUGAAGCCCACUCAUCUAUAGCAACUCCUUUAACUAUGAAAAGGGAUGGUUCUAUUAUAUCACAGGAUGAGGGCCAGUGGAGACUGGAAGAUAUCUGUCUUUCUAGAGCCCGAGUUCUUCGACUAUAUGAACAAUAUUUUACUUAUUAUCACCCCUUUCUUCCUCUUUUGAACCCACCCAAGCCUCCAGAGGUGUAUCUCAACCGAUGCCCUCUUUUGGCGUGGACUAUGAUCUGUGUUGCGAGUCGACGGUCUCAAUAUGAGCCUGGGCUCUUGAGCGCACUGUCCGGACCCUUUAGCAGACUGCUUUGGUCAACCAUUACCAGUGUCCCGCAAGACUACCGGGUGGUCAAGGCCCUUUGUGUUCUGUGUACAUGGCCUCUUCCAACUACAAGCCAGCGCACUGAUGCAACCUUCAUGCUGAGUGGCUUGAUGAUGCAGAUUGCUAUGCAGCUUGGACUACAUCGUCCGGUUCAAGCGGAAGAGUUCACAACAUUCCGCAUGGAAGUGCAAGGCGAAGCUUUAAAGGAUCGACUACAUACAUGGGUCAUUUGCAACAUCGUGGCUCAAAAUGUUGCGACUGGUUAUGGCCAGCCACCGAGCACAAUAUACGACUGGGCCCUUGAGCCUGCCUCUUUGAGGGAUGCCGACUACCGGCUUCCCGAUGACCUGGCCAUUCGGUUACGCAUCGAAAAAUUCUGCGACCGGGUGACCAAGGCAUUAUACAGUAGUAAACCGGAGCCUGCGGACUUUAUCAGUGCCGACAAGCUCGUGGUUGUGCAGGUUUUGGAAAGUGAACUCCGAGACAUGGAUGUCGAAUUUGACGGAAAAAUUUCCGCCAUCAACACGAUCCAUCUCCGUGCUGCAGAAUUGCACUUCCGAUAUUUCAUGUUUUUGGGGUCUACUGCACGAAGCGACGAUCUGAUCAAACUUUUCCUUGCAACAACCUCUUUCCUUGGCCGAGUACUUGAUCUCGAAACCUCGCCAGGUGAAUUGAUCGGUCACUCCACCAACUAUAUUCUUCAAAUGAUUGUAUCGGCCGCUUUCGCUCUCAUGAAGUUGCUGAAGAGCAGCUUCAGCCGACACCUCGAUUUCAACCAUGGCAAGCUACUGUUCAACGGUGCGAUCUCAGCAAUUCGCCGAAUUAGUGUCAUGGAUCAUGAUCGUCCUAUCCGUCUUGCAGACAUCCUUGCUCAGAUGUGGAAUGCUACGAGCCUAGAGCCCGCCGAAGAAGAUGCUCUACAACUCAAAGUCCGCUGCCGCAUGAGCAUGAGCCAUGUGUAUGAUACAGUUUGGCGCUGGCGACAACGGUUCCGACCGGUCAAAAGCCUCGAGGAAAUGCAAGCCGCUGCCAUAGCAGCGAACCAAGAUAUACUAGGUCCGACAGGACACAUGACGCGGCAACAGCAGGAUAGUUCUCUAGAGGACCAAUCCUUGAUGAUGCCCGCUCAGUUUGAUGAAGGCGGGGCAUUUUUCAGCGAAUCUGGGUUCUCGGAAGUCUUUGAUUCCCUCAAUUGGGUCUUUGAUGGCAUUCCCGACUCUUUCGUCGCACCUCCGUUUAAGACUCUUUCCAUGUCGGAUCAAGCCCUACACGAAUCCGCGGCCCUACAGCUCUCCGAUGUGCCUCCGAGUCCCGGUCGCUCAUCCCCUAACGGGGAGACCCAGCCGGGCCACGAAGCCAUCUCAGACGAGUUGAAAGCCCGCUUAGACAAAGUUAUCUACUCCGAUAUCGGCAUAACCACCCUCUUGACUCGGUUGAAGCAAAGCGUGGCCUCAGCCAAGGAUUUCUCAACCUUCCUGAAAAAGCGAGGGACCCUCGAAGAAGAGCACGCCCAAGGCCUGAGAAAACUGUCCCGCGUGAUCAACGAUGCGUCGCAACGCCCCGAGAACCGACAAGGAACGUACAGUUCUAGCUACAAGGACAUCCACCGAAUUCAGGAGCGCAUGGUCGAUCAUGGCCUCCAAUUUGCUGUCUCUCUCCACGAGAUGUCCGAUGGCCUGCACGAGCUUGCCGCCAACAUCGAGCGCGGCCGCAAGCAAUGGAAACAGACAGGUUUAGCUGCGGAGAAGAGGGUCGCCGAUGCAGAAUCGCUGGCGGAGAAGGCAAAGGCCAAGUAUGAGUCGUUGGCAGAGCAGUAUGACCGUGUUCGCACGGGAGACAAGCAUGGUGGAAAGUUCGGCCUUAAGGGUCACAAAUCUGCGGCGCAGCACGAGGAGGAGUUGCUGCGCAAGGUCCAGAAUGCGGAUAGCGAUUAUGGGUCCAAGGUCCAGGCUGCUCAAGCAGCGCGCCAGGAGCUAGUAUCUACACACCGACCUCAGGCUGUACACAAUCUUCAGCAGUUGAUCGCUGAGUGUGAUUCGGGUUUGACGCUGCAACAGCAGAAGUUCGCUACUUUCAACGAGAAACUACUCCUGGGUCAAGGUCUCUGCGUUAGCCCUUUGAAGACCGAUGGGAAUAACGGACCAUUAGCACCUAAGAGUCUUGCCGAUGUUAUUCGCCAAGUCGAUAACCAGAGAGAUCUCCACGAGUUCAUUUUGAGCCAUGAAGGAAACCCGGGAGCCGUGGCUUCAGAACAGGUCAAAUAUGAGCGCCACCCUACACUCGGUGGUGCUGGGGCUAUUUCUUCUUCUGCCUCUGCCUCUGCUCCUGCUGCGGCACCUUCUCAAACAAGCACUCAAAAUAAGCGCGUGUCAAUCAUGCCGCAGACAUUCACUUCGAAUAAUACUUCUUCGCCGGCGCUUCAGCCACUGCAUAGCGGUGACCGAUUGCCGCAGUCACCUUAUCCUCCGGAGAAGACCUUCACUCCGCCCCCAGCUGGCACACCUCCAUAUCCAGUCUCAGGGCCGCAUGCUCCGGAACCUGCUCCUCAAAUUCAGGUGCCAAUGGCAGGACCUCCUCCAAUGGACAGGAAUUUCCAAUCGAAUCUUCCUCCGUUGAAGCCAGUGUUCGGUGUUUCGCUGAACGACCUGUACGCCCGGGAUGGAACAGCAGUUCCGUUCAUUGUGUACCAGUGCUUCCAAGCAGUUGAGCUGUUCGGUCUGGAUAUGGAGGGCAUCUAUCGACUUUCCGGUAGUGCCAAUCAUAUCAGCCAUAUGAAAGCUGUGUUUGACAAUGACUCCUCGCAAGUCGACUUCACAAACCCGGAGAACUUCUACCAUGAUGUCAACAGUGUGGCAGGACUUGUGAAGCAAUUCUUCAGGGACCUCCCCGACCCUCUGUUCACUACUCAGCUCUACCAACAGUUUGUUGACGCCGCUCGCCUCGACGAUGACAUCCAACGUCGAGACUCGAUGCACGCCCUUAUUAACAGUCUGCCCGAUGCCCACUAUGCUACUCUCCGAGCCAUUAUUCUGCAUCUCAACAAGAUCCAAGAGCACUAUACCCAGAACCGCAUGAACGCGGGCAAUUUAGCUAUUUGCUUCGGACCAACCCUCAUGGGCGCCAAUACCGGUGGCAAUAUUGCCGAUGCUGGGUGGCAGGUCCGUGUCGUCGAGACAAUCCUGAAUAACACAUUCCAGAUCUUCGACGAUGACUGA